CAAAAAAGCCGUACAAGUCUAUCCCUCCAAAAACAAGACAAGAAUGGCUGGUCUCAAGGCAGAUCCCGCAGUUGAGCGAUGGGCCCAUGUUCGUGAGAAUACCCACCUUUGGUUCACCUGGAACAAAAGAAACACAAGAAAGACCCUUCUCUGGGGUAUCAUUGUACCCGCUGGAUUGGCCGUUUUAGCUUACGGCACUGAUAGAAAGUGGAACCUGACUGGCGCUCAAACCAUGGCCGAAGUUCGUGGUGAAGAAAAGAACUAGAUUGCUUAUAUCAAAUAAACAAAAACGAACAAACGCAU